AAGGGGGGGCAGCGGGGGAAAGCGAGAGAGAGCGAGGGAGAGAGAGAGGUGCAAUUGAGCAAGUGCGCUAGUAGCUAACUAGCAUAGGAAACCGGGGAAAGAGCUCAGAGGUGACAGCGGAGAAUGGAGAGGACUGCGGACCUUCGGCGAGUCUCGAUCGCAGAGAGGGUAUUCAAAGUCUAUUUCUACCCAUCGAAGUGCAUCUGCUGAAACUGGAUAAACACAGGGUUGCAAAGGAAUGGCUGAUCCUCUGCGGAGGACAUUAUUAGCUAAACUUCGGGGGAAGAAAUCCAAGAAAGGGACGACAGCUGGUGGAUGCGGCGUUGCAGCUAACGGGGGCAGAGAAGCGCUCAUAGAGAAUGCACACAGGGAGUCUGGCAGCGCGCUCAGGGCCCAGCUCAACACCAUCACCGUCUCCAAGAAGCGCAACUGGCUGCAGCAGAGUUCGGGCGGCCCCUACCCUCCCGAGGAGGUUGGCCCGGGGCCGGAGGAGCACCAAGCCCAGCCGCAUCCCAUCCCUUCACCUCCCCCGACCUCAGGUGCCUCGCCUGACGGCCAGCCUCGUCUGGCUCCCUUCCCCCGGCCCACCCUCCGCCUCCCGCUGCCCCUGCUCACCAUCGCCCACGCCCACGGGUCGGCUCGGGUCUCGCCGCAGCCCUCCAGAGUGGACCCGGCCGAGGAGAACGACGCCGACGACGAGGGCGAGAUCUGGUACAACCCCAUCCCAGAAGACGACGAGGCAGAGCCGCCCAAACCACUGCCGCCGCCCCAGCCGUCGCGCUGCGCCCCCGCCGCCAUCUCCUCCGUCUCAUCCCGGCUCCAGGGACUGGUCUCGGUUCCGCCCGAGGCGUCCCAGAACCCCCUUCCUCUAAGGCGGCCCAGCGGGGAGGGCGCGGGGAAGAGCUCAGUUGGGCCGCCGCCGUCGUCGUUGUUGUUGUCCGUGGAGGCGGCUCACGCACUCCAUCUGAAUGCUGCACAUUCCAGCGAGCCUUCGCAGCUGCACAGGCAGAUGUUCGCGUGCAAGCCCCAGGAGGAGAGUCUCGCAUCGAGGCCAGCAGCACCAGAUCCAGAGCUGCCCAGCGCCGGCUUCUCCCCCCCCUCCAGCCCCAACCCCUCCAAGAAGGGAGGCUCCCUCAACUGGUCCUUCCCCGACAAGAUCAAGUCCCCCCGCACGGUGCGCAAGCUCUCCAUGAAGAUGAAGAAACUUCCGGAGCUUAGCAGGAAGCUCAGCAUAAAAGGGACGCCCAGCAGCAGCAGCAGCAGCAGCAACAACAGUGGCAGCAACCAGUCAGAAUCAAGAGCGCACUCUCCGAAAACCAAUGGGGGCCCGGAGGCGGGGCAAGCUCCACCCAGGCUCUCCCCAGGUGUGGGCCAUUCGGGGGGGGGGGCCUUUAGCAGUAGCGGCAACGUCAUCUCGCGCUACCACCUGGACAGCAGCGUGUCCACCCAGCACAGCAAGAAGAAGAGCGGCGGGGGCUCCAAGUCGGCCAGCAAGGGGGGGUACCUCAGCGACGGAGACUCCCCGGAGCUGGUGGCCAAGUCUGGGAAGCACGGCUCCGGCACGGACGGGAAAAGUGGAAAGGCUAAGGACCGAGAGGCUAACGGGAACGGCUCUGGAGGUGGGAGCGGUGGAGGUGUCGGAGGAGGAGGAGGAGGAGGUGGAGGAGGUGGAGGAGGUGGAGGAGGUGGAAGUGAGCUCGACAUCGACGCCUUCCGCCCGUACAGCUUCACCGAGCAGCCCAAGUGCACGACGUACCUGUCGGGCCUGAUGAGCCUGCACUUCUACGGCGCCGAGGACCUGAAGCCGCCGCGCGUGGACUCGCGGGACGUCUACUGCGCCAUCCAGGUGGACUCGGUCAACAAGGCGCGCACCGCGCUGCUCACCUGCCGCACCGCCUUCCUGGACAUGGACCACACGUUCAACAUCGAGCUGGAGAACGCCCAGCACCUGAAGCUGGUGGUGUUCAGCUGGGAGGCCACGCCCCGGCGCCACCGCGUCUGCUGCCAUGGCACCGUGGCCCUGCCGGCGCUCUUCCGCGUCACGCGCACGCACCAGCUGGCCGUGCGGCUGGAGCCGCGGGGCAUGAUCUACGUCAAGCUGGGCCUGAUGGAGCAGUGGCAGAACUUGUUCGACGCGCCCGGGGGCCCCUACGGCGAGCGCGAACCCAAGGUGUUCGGCGUGGAGGCCUGGAGGGUGGUCGAGCGGGAGGCGGCCGGACUCAUGGUGCCGCUGCUCAUCGAGAAGUGCAUUACGGAGAUCGAGAGGAGGGGGUGCCAGGUGGUGGGUCUGUACCGUCUGUGUGGCUCAGCGGCGGUGAAGAAGGAGCUGCGUGAGGCGUUUGAGAGGGACAGCCACAGCAUGGAGCUGUCGGAGAGCACCUACCCAGACAUCAAUGUCAUCACAGGUGUGCUUAAAGACUAUCUGCGUGAGCUGCCUUACCCCCUCAUCACUAAGCAGCUGUAUGAGGCUGUCCUGGAAUCCAUGGCCAAGCGGCCGCUGCGGAUCGGCGCCGGCGGCUGUGAGAACGACCAGGCCGACACGGAGCACACCGUCGGGCUCCUAGACAUCCUGCCAGAGGUGGAGAAGGUGACACUGCAGAAGCUUCUGAAUCACCUGAAGCUGGUGGCCUCGCACCACGAGGUCAACAAGAUGACGUGCCAGAACCUGGCCGUGUGCUUCGGGCCGGUGCUGCUGAGCCAGCGGCAGGACGCCUCGUGCCACAGCAACCGGGUCUUCAUCGACUCGGAGGAGCUGGCCAGCGCCCUGCACUUCAAGAAGCACAUCGAGGUCCUGCACUACCUCCUUCAGCUCUGGCCAGUGGUGGAUCCUUAUGGGAAGACCUCAUCACCUGUGGCUGAGCCUCCCGCCCUAUCAGAGGGUCCCCCUGUCCCUGCCGCUCCAGUGCGGAGACGAAAGGAGCGGCCGACGGUGCUCAACCUGUCUGAUGCCGAGAUGGCCAACGUGCUCCGGCCCAAGGCUGGCCGCCUGGACAGCCCCAGCAACCGGUACGCCGGGGACUGGAGCCGCUGCCAGGAGACAUACUUCCGGCCGCUUCAGGAGGAGGCCGACUACGCCGACGUGCCCUCGGAGGAGACGGAGUGUCUGCCGGACGGCAAGGGAGAGACCAGGGACCAGGACAGGCCUGCGGAGGUCGAGGAGGAGGAGGAGGAGGAGCAUGUAGCACUGAUGGAGGUGACGGAGAGGGAAAGAUUCGCAGAGAUGGCGGUAGAGGCCGAGACUCAAGUAGAGUUGGAGGAGGAGGAGGAGGAGGAGGUGGAGCACACGUACCAGGCCUACAUGAAGAUCCAAGACAUAAGCCCCGUGCUGAGCAACAGAGUCAACCUCAAGGACCUGCAGGAGAGCAUCGACAUCCUCAUAGGCAACCUGGAGCGGGAGCUCAACAAAAACAAGCUCAACGUUGGCUACUGA